GCGGUAGAGGACGCUGUAGACGGAGGUCUUGGGAUGUGACACCUCUUGUUUCUCCUACACCCUCCUCAGUCCCGGCAGCUGCCAUGUCGACAGAGGUUUAGGCCGCGGCUUCGAUGAAAACUGACGGAGCAUGGAGCUGCGGCGGGCGGCCGGGUCGCUCAAUCUGCCCAUGGGGCCUGACUCGCUCUGCUUCAAUAAGGAUGAGUUUAUGAAGGAUGAUUUUGAUGUGGAUCAUUUUGUGUCUGAGUGCAGAAAACAUGUUCAGUUGGAGACACUUCGGGAUGAUUUGGAACUUUAUUAUAAGCUCCUGAAAACUGCUAUGGUAGAACUGAUAAAUAAAGACUAUGCAGACUUUGUCAACCUUUCUACCAAUUUGGUUGGCAUGGAUCGAGCUUUGAAGCAACUGACAGUACCAUUGGGCCAGUUGAGAGAAGAGGUGAUGAGUCUCAAGCUGGCGGUUAGUGAAGGAAUUCAAGCCAUUGAUGACCGUCUGCUUAAAGAAGAUGACAUCCGAAAGAAAAAGAUGUGUGUGUUAAGACUGCUUCAAGUAAUCCGAUCAGUGGAGAAAAUUGAGAAGAUCCUUCACUCUCAGUCUUCCAAAGAGGCUUCCCCCUUAGAAACAAGUGGCCCUCCCUUGGCAGGGCAGAUGCUGGAAAGAAUUGGGACUGAAUUUAACCAGUUACAUUUUCAUGCUGUGCAGAGCAAAGGAAUGCCCCUUUUGGACAAAGUGAGACCUCGAAUAGCUGGAAUCACAGCCAUGCUUCAGCAGUCCCUGGAAGGGCUGCUGUUGGAAGGCCUGCAAACUGCCAAUGUUGAGAUUGUACGUCCUUGUUUACGGACAUAUGCGACCAUAGACAAAACGAGGGAUGCAGAAGCACUGAUUGGUCAGGUGCUUGUGAAACCAUAUGUGGAAGAGGUAAUUGAUGAACAAUAUGUUCAGUCCGGGACAAAUGGCCUCAGAGAAAUGUAUGGAAAGCUGCUAGACUUCAUUCCUAACCACUGUCGGCUCCUCCAAGAUGUGACUGGAGGAGCAGUAAUUGGUGAUAAGGCAGAAGUGAUUCCAGGCUAUGAUUUUACAGUGAAUUCAGUCUGGCCAGAAAUGGUACGAGGUUUAGAAGAAAAGGUGCCUUCGUUAUUUAAUCCAGGAAAUCCAGACAUGUUCCAUGAGAAAUACACAGUAACUAUGGAAUUCGUUAGAAAAUUUGAGUGGCAGUGUGCAUCCCAAGCAAGUGUAAAGAGACUGCGAUCACACUCGGCAUAUAAGAGUUUCAACAAUAAAUGGAGCCUGCCUGUUUACUACCAGAUCAGGUUCAAGGAAAUUGCUGGAAAUUUGGAGACCUCUAUGUCUGAGGGUUUAAAGGAAGCGCCAGAUGGAAGUGAGUUUAGGCUUUCAGUUACUCACAUUCUGUGGCAGAACCUUCUGAAAUGCUGGGCUGAUCACGUCUAUCUCCCUCCACUUGCUCACCGCUUCUGGAAGUUGACUCUGCAGUUGCUAGCACGUUAUUCUAAGUGGAUAGAUGAGUUGCCUUCCACGGUCCGAAGAUGA